CCUUCCACCGAGCGGCGAAAAUCCAACAUGUCCACGUGCACUAUGUCGGCCCGCUGGUUCCGCAGCUUGGUAUUCCUCCUCGUUAACUUCACUCUCCUCUCGCUCUCGCAAGACAUGUCUACCGACAGUACUCCCACCAGCUUGCGUUUUUCCACGUACAAUCUCCGAUAUGAUUCGAUGCCUGACAACAUUACCGUGGCGGAAUCGAUCGCUGCUUUGCCCGAUCCCCUUGUGCAGGAGACGUUUUUGGCGUUGUCGGGGGAGCAGCCGUGGAGUGCAAGGAGGCUGCGCGUUUCGGAACAUAUAUUGAGUGAGGAUACCGUCAUCUCUGGAUUCCAGGAGGCACUGGUGAGGCAAGUAACAGACUUGGCGGAGCUUUUUGGUGAUGACUGGGAUUGGGUUGGUGUUGGACGCGACGAUGGGGUGGCGGCUGGGGAGUUUAGUCCUUUGUUCUACAAGAAGUCUGCCGUCAAACUGAUUUCGAAUGAUACCUUUUGGCUCUCAUUGACUCCCUUCGAACCCUCCAAAUACCCUGGAGCAGGCUCGUUCCGAAUAUGUACUGUGGCAAACUUCAGCUUGACAACGGACGCCAAGACAACGUUCACGGUAUUGAACACGCAUCUCGAUGACCAAUCGGAUAUGCAGCGGAGAGUCGGGGCGUCCUUGAUCUUGACGAGAGCGCGGUAUGAAGCCGUGAAGACGCGUAGCCCGGUGUUUGUUACAGGCGAUUUCAACAGUCCUUCGACGGGUAAUAGUUCUGGUGCCUAUGAAAUCAUCACUGGAGCAAGCGCACCCGUUGCUAUUAACGCGACAUUUGCAGCAAAGUACGACGUCGGGAAUCAGCUGUCUGAUUUCAAGAUGCUCGACUUUCGGGGUCAGGCGCCGAGACAGUAUGUCUCUAAUAAUUUUGCGACAUACACCGGGUUCAAUUUACCGACUGACACCUCUGAUUGGGAGAGAAUCGAUUUCAUCUUUGGAGGAAGUAACUUGGGGUGGACGUCGGACGCGUACAAAGUUGGAAGUUCGCUGUCGGAUGAUGGAACUUUGGCGAGCGAUCAUCGGCCUGUGUUCGCAGAUGUAACUAUCUGAACUGACCCUGUGAUGAUACGAUGAAAAAUGUGACGG